UUAAAAGUUUCAGACUAAGAAUAUGAAAAACCAAAUUACUUUACUCCUCGGUGUGCUAGUGGUUAACCAGGGGAAAGUAUUUGCUGACUGUACAGAAAUUCAAGAACAGAAUACUCUGAAGACUAUCCAAUGGUUUAUUAGGCGAGUUCAAGGUUCAGCUAAUUGUUUAAAUAUUAUUGUUGGUAUGGAAACUGUAGUAGAUCUGGGAGGACAACAAUUGACUAUAGAGAAUGGAAAGGACAUUGAAGCUUUCAAAGAUACCCUUGCAGACUUUUCUAAGUGCUUUAUAGUUAUCUCCAGAGAGGUAGCCGUGUUAGAAAAUAUAAAUAAACUUAGAUAUCCUCCUACCCUGAUAAUUCUACUGAAGCAGGAUAUCAUUCACCAUAAAGAUCUAUUAGGACAAUAUUAGCAUUUUAUUUGGAUUUAGAAAGUACAAUAUUUUGCUUGAUUCUUUUUUGUCUUCUUUCUAAAUUAUAGGAAAACACUAUUUUUGUAAUAGAAAAGAUCUUUAUAUAAUAUUUACUUAAACUGAAAGUGUUUGUAAAGUUAUUUCAAAAACCCUCUAGAAAAAGAGUGACAUGUCCAAUUCACAACAAUACCCUUGGAAAGUUUUUUUUGCAAGUAUU